GCACGUACGUACUAGCUACAUAUCAGGAUUACACGUGUACGUUUUUACACAAAUUUGAACAUAAUCUGGUGUUUCUUGGGGGAUAGACGAGAUGUCAACGCCACUUUCGAAGCCCCAAAUCAUCGCGCACGCCCAGAAGAGUUUAAACUACACGGUUUUUGACUGCAAAUGGAUCCCGUGCAGUUCCAAGUUCGUGUGUCUCGGGAACUUUGCAAGGGGAACCGGAGUCAUGCAAAUGUACGAAAUGCAACACGGAGAGGCUCAGAUGAUCAAAGAGGUGGAGAAAGCCAAGCCCAUAAAGUGCGGCACAUUCGGGGCGUCGUCUCUUCAGCAAAGACACAUAGCGACAGGGGACUUUGAUGGAAAUCUAAAUAUAUGGAACCUGGAGGAGGCCAACGUGCCGGUGUACACGGUGAAAGCGCACAAGGAGAUCGUCAACUGCGUGGACGCCGUCGGCGGCCUCGGCAUCGGCGACGGCGCGCCCGAGAUCGUCACCGGAAGCCGGGACGGUACAGUGAAAGUGUGGGACCCUCGGCAGCGAGACUCGCCCGUAGCCAACAUGCAGCCCGUGGAAGGAGACGCCAAGAGGGACUGCUGGACGGUCGCCUUCGGCCACGCCUUCAACGAUCAGGACCGCUGCGUGUGCGCCGGCUACGACAACGGCGACAUCAAACUGUUUGACCUGCGUAACAUGUCACUGCGCUGGGAGACCAACAUCAAGAACGGGGUGUGCUGCGUGGAGUUCGACAGGAAGGACAUCAACAUGAACAAAAUGGUGGCCACCUCGCUUGAGGGCAAAUUCCACGUGUUUGACAUGCGGACUCAGCACCCCACCAAGGGUUUCGCCUCCAUUUCCGAAAAGGCCCAUAAAUCGACCAUCUGGCAGGUGAGACAUUUACCUCAGAACCGAGAAAUCUUCCUGACGGCUGGCGGCUCGGGCAGCCUUCAUCUGUGGAAAUACGAGUACCCGGCCCAGCGCAGCAAGAAGGACGCGGACGGCACCAGGGUGGGCGUGACCGGCUCGGUCAGCCUGCUGCAGAACGUCACGCUGUCUACGCAGCCCGUCGCCAGCCUGGACUGGAGCCCCGACAAGCUGGGCCUGUGCGUGUGCGCCGGCUUCGACCAGACGGUGCGCGUGCUCAUCGUCACCAAACUCAACACUGUGUGAAAACGAAGCCGAAAGCUUGGAUUGUCUCGCUAAACUUUUUGGGGGGGGAUGGGACGUGACUUUUUUUAAAUGCAAAAAAAUCAACUGGAAUGUUAUCUUUAAGCCUGAAAAAUCAUCAAAUUUGGAUGUAACAAAAUAUACAUAUAACACGGUACGGUGGUUGUCGAUAUGUUUGUCUGAGGAACUUUGUUUUCUACGAUUAAAUGGAACUUGAGUGGGGGAAAACCUUUUCAUGCCAGUAAAUAUACAGCUAUUGGCUUUGGAUCGCGACUGAACCCUGCCACGAUUAGCGAAAAAAGUAAAAAUAAUUGACACUCCCUCCCAUUUAAUUUGAUAAUUGCCUUUACAGUGGUGCCUGGGAUUUACAACAACCACAUAACCUUGCCUUAGGAAAGUCUGCUAGCUUAAGGCAAACGCACAAUCCAGAAUGCCAUAGAUGGGCUAACAAAUAGCAUCAAUGUUGCAGUAUGGUGACCCUUCAAGCAGCAUUUAUUUGAACACAGAUGGUGCGUCAACACAUGUUGACGUACAAAAUAACAAUGCUCACAGGCAUAUAUUCUUUAUCCUCUGUAGUUAGUUUUAGUAACUAAGGGUGAGUACCGAUACCAGGAAUCGGUAUCAGGCAGAUAUCACCCUUAUUCCAAUGUAUCGGGUACUCGUGAAUGCUGCCGAUACCAGCAACCAAUACUGAAGGCCAAAACAUCAAGUCCUCCUCACCACUAGGUAGCGCUACAUUGUGGCCGGACCUUAAGAACUUCAACUAUAUUAGCAAUGGAACUGCUACUUUAACCAAUCAGAUUUCACAUUCAUCCUCAGAGGGCCAGAGUACUGGCUCUUGAUGACGUCAGCAUUGACGAGCAAAACACAUCUGUAGCACUUACAUAGCAUAUGUUAUGUUUUAUAUAUAUAUAUAUAUAUAUAUAUAUAUAUAUAUAUAUAUAUACUUUUUGUAUCGUGUUGUUGGUUUCUAAAAUUGAUGAAGUCAUGUAAGAGUUUGCAGUGGGCCCGUAACAAAUCAAAAUAAACCUACACUCACCCUGUACACUCUUAACUAGAGAGUUUUACCUUGGAAGUCACACCUUUGUACAGUUCUUUAGAAGGUAAGCGUUGACUUAUGAAAUAAAUAAAGCAGAAAGAUC